AUGCUUUUACAAGGACCUACUUCCGAUUUGAUAGCCAAGCUUAAGAAACUUCAAGACGAAAAUUGGAUCGACAAGAAUACGCGAGCCAUUUUUGUGGAGUUUUCCAUGUUUAACGCUCAAGUGAAUUACUUUUCUGUCAUCCAGCUGACCAUAGAAAUCCCAGCGGAAGGGUACCUACUGCCGUCAUCCUGGAUAGAAUCCGUUCGUCUAAUGAGGAGCCACGGAGGUGAUGGCAAAGUCAAUGUAUUGUUUGAGACACUCUAUAUUGCCUACGCUGUUAUAAGCUUCUGUGUGAACACCUUGACCUACGUUACAAACGUAGUGUCCGCAUAUCGUACUCGACCACGACGAUGUAAUCCUGUACGACUUUUUGCGCAUCUUUUCAUAGUACGUUUCUGGGACCUUGUUGAUUUAUUCGUUGGUAUUCUAGCAAUCACGUCUGUGAUCGCAUAUUACCUCCGACAAGUAUACAUUGAU